GAGCCCGGAGGAAGAAGACGCUGGUGUCUCCACACUUCACGGGCCCUGGAGCCGACCGAGAGCCCCGCCGUUCCCUCCGCCGACGUCCAGCGGGUCUCUGACCCACUGACCACUUCUUCUCCUUUUGUAUCCCACCAAAGAAGCGAGGUGGCGCAAAGCGAUUCCUCCGAGACACAGCCGCCCCUGGCUGGACCGUCUCCCCGUACCCCUAGUCCCUCGCCGUCCCCACGGCCGGCGUUCCGCUGCCUUUCUCCCACCCCUCCGGGUGCGAUGAGGGGCUUCGGGGACCGGGGCCGCGACCGAGACCGCGGCGGGUUUGGAGCAAGUCGUGGAGGUCCUCUUCCUCCAAAGAAAUUUGGUAAUCCGGGGGAACGUUUACGUAAGAAAAAAUGGGAUUUGAAUGAACUGCCCAAGUUUGAGAAGAAUUUUUACGUGGAACAUCCAGAGGUGGCCAGGCUUACUCCGUAUGAAGUUGAAGAAUUGCGAAGAAAGAAAGAGAUAACAAUUCGAGGAAUGGAGGGCUGCCCCAAGCCUGUGUUUGCCUUCCACCAGUGUAGCUUUCCGCAGUAUGUGAUGGAUGCCUUGAUGGACCAGAACUUCACAGAACCCACUCCAAUUCAGUGCCAAGGCUUUCCACUAGCCCUCAGUGGUCGUGAUAUGGUGGGCAUUGCACAGACUGGCUCUGGGAAGACACUAGCAUACUUGUUGCCUGCAAUUGUUCACAUCAACCACCAGCCAUAUUUGGAGAGAGGGGAUGGCCCAAUUUGUCUGGUUCUAGCACCUACUAGAGAGUUGGCCCAGCAAGUGCAGCAGGUGGCUGAUGAUUAUGGCAAAUGUUCAAGACUGAAGAGUACCUGCAUAUAUGGAGGAGCACCCAAAGGCCCCCAAAUCAGAGAUCUAGAAAGAGGUGUGGAGAUCUGCAUUGCUACACCAGGUCGCUUGAUUGACUUCCUUGAGGCAGGAAAGACCAACCUGCGCCGGUGUACGUACCUGGUGCUGGAUGAAGCAGACAGGAUGUUGGACAUGGGAUUUGAACCCCAAAUUCGUAAAAUUGUUGACCAGAUAAGGCCUGACAGACAGACUCUGAUGUGGAGUGCCACCUGGCCAAAAGAAGUGCGCCAGCUUGCCGAGGACUUCCUGCAGGACUAUGUUCAGAUCAAUGUGGGAAACUUGGAGCUGAGUGCCAACCACAAUAUCCUACAGAUAGUGGAUGUAUGCAUGGAAAGUGAGAAGGACCAUAAACUGAUACAACUGAUGGAAGAAAUCAUGGCAGAGAAGGAAAACAAGACUAUCAUCUUUGUGGAGACAAAGAGGCGAUGUGAUGAUCUCACUCGAAGGAUGCGCAGAGAUGGUUGGCCAGCUAUGUGUAUCCAUGGAGACAAGAGUCAGCCAGAAAGAGAUUGGGUGCUUAAUGAGUUUCGUUCUGGAAAGGCUCCUAUCCUCAUUGCUACCGACGUUGCAUCUCGUGGGCUAGACGUGGAAGAUGUUAAAUUUGUGAUAAACUACGACUAUCCGAACAGCUCUGAAGAUUAUGUGCACCGUAUUGGCCGUACCGCACGUAGUACCAACAAAGGUACUGCCUACACCUUCUUCACACCAGGAAACCUGAAACAAGCCAGGGAGCUUAUCAAAGUGUUGGAAGAAGCCAAUCAAGCCAUCAAUCCAAAACUGAUGCAGCUUGUGGACCACAGAGGAGGAGGAGGUGGUGGUGGAGGUAAAGGAGGUCGUUCUCGUUACCGAACGAGCAGUUCAGUAAACAACCCUAACCUGAUGUACCAGGAAGAGUGUGACAGGAGGCUCCGGGGAGUGAAAGAGGGCCGGAGAGACUCAGGUGGCUUCAGAGACCGUGAGCGUGGUGACAGUUAUGCCAACGGAGCCAACAAGACCUAUGGCAGUGCCUACGGGAGCCCAAAUUCUGCUUUUGGGGCAGCACAGAGCCAGUAUGGUUACACUCAAGGGAGCUAUGGAGCAGCUGCCUAUGGCACGAGUGGCUAUGGCACUGCAGAGUACAGUGCUAGUGGCUAUGGUGCCAGCACCACAGCUGCCACCGCUGGGAGAACCUCACAGAGCACUACCCAACAGCAGUAUGCAGGGAUGGUGGGGCGCUCGGGCCAGCAGCCACAGCCGCUCAUGUCACAACAGUUUCCGCAGCCCCCUGCCACUAACGUGAUGGGCUAUAUGGGACAGACUGCCACCUACCAGUAUCCGCCCCCUCCCCCGCCCCCUCCCCCCUCCCGCAAAUGAGACCACUCGCCUGCUGGUGACCAGUGUAGACCUCUUGCAUUUAAAGGAACCUUUUCUUUCUCUUCUUUCCCAUUGUGAUGUCUCUCUCAUGCAGGUUAGACUUAGAAUUCACCAUUCAAAUCACUCGAGCCCAUCAGAAAUGGCCCCCAGUCCACAUUACUGACCUGUCCUCUUUUUUUUUUCUUUUUUUUUUUUUUUAAGAGAUAUAUAUAGUUGACUGGAAAAUUUAUUAUUUUUUGUCUUGCAUGUUGAGGAAAUUGGAAAUUUUAUUUUCUCUAAAAGAAAUGGGUAUAAGGCAGAUAGGUCCCAGCUCGAUCAUCUUGGUGUCUAAGGUUUGUGUGAAAACUUGCUUUUGAGGGGAGGAAGUUUCUAUUCUGUAACAUGUUAACUUAAUUUCAGGAAGUAUCAAGAGAGGUGGGAAACUUUGGGGAGCCAAAAAGCACUUCAUUUAAAAUGAUAAAUGCAAGGGAGCAAUGCUCACUUCUCCUAAUCUUAACUUUUUUUUUUAAAUAGCUCACUAUUAUUGCUUGUAAUCUGUCGUAGGUGACUUUCUAUAGGAAAACUCUGGUCAUUUGUCUGAGCUGGGCAGUGUUCAGAGUAAUGCCCCAAGUACCUUGUUGGCGUUUUCUGCAGCUCUGGAAGCAGCAGCCCCAUCUUCUGGUACCUGCAGCAGCCUGCAGUAGGGAAGUUGGGAUUAAAACCCCAGUGUCAGAGACCAAACCUGUCUUGGAUUCGAUACCUGAAAACCAGAUAGUCGCUGUAGGUACCGCUGCUAUAAUGUUUAGCCAAGUAAGUUCUUUCCCUAUGAUUGUUAAAUUGCAGCAUCGCAAACACGUGGAGCCUGGUUAUCCUUAAAUUAGUUUCUGCUCUCAAAUUCCUGUUGUUGGGUUUAUUGAGAGAAGUCUUAUUUGAGGGCCCAGAAACUAAACAGAACUGAGAUGAUGAACAGCGUAUCUUGUUUGUCUGUCCUUCACGAACAAACUACCUUUUGCCACGGGGAAUGUUCUGAAUGCUGCUAUGCUGAAUAAAAUGUGACAGAGUUUUCCACACUUAAAUUUAAGAGGUUUGAAUAGG